GAGCGCGCGGCUGUCCGUGCUGAGGCAGAGCGACGCUGAGGGGAGCAGAGGAGAGCCGCGGCCCCGGGACAUGCUUGUGUUUGCGGCUUCAAACUAAACUGCACCUGCACUGGUAUGACUGCGCGUCCACUUUUGGGUGUGCCAAACAUUUUGCGCGCGCGCCUGUGUGUCAGGUUUUACCCAGCCGGCUGAGCGCGGACGACUUGACUUUAUUGUCUCGCCUUUCACUCCUCCCGAUGACUUUUGGACGUUUUCUUCGCGGUUUGUCUGUCCAGUCCAGAUGUUCUGGACACACACGCGCACACGGGGCUGCCUCUGCGGAUGUCCAGUGAUUUCUUUGCCGAUGUACAGUGCUGGUGACGGGCUGAAGUUGAUGUCUUGUUGAAGGUGGGAGCUCCAAAUGCAUUCGCUCCUGGGCCGGGAGAAGAAAGAAGAAGAAGCCGGGUUUGGGAUUGAUCUGGGUCUGUCUCCGGGCUUUCUGCCCCACGCUGCCACCAUGUUCAGCUGCGUGGGCUGCUUCUGGGUGCUCCUCUCCUCCGCUCUGGUCGCUGUGUGCAGUUUCAGCUUCAUAUCCCCAGCCUGGAUUGUUAAGGACCAGCUGAGGAACAACAACCACCACCACCACAACAACAAGGACUCUGUGAGCUUCGGCUUGCUGUGGCACUGCUCCGAGUCCCUGGACCACAUGUACCGAUGCUACACCUUCGGGGGAUUGGGCAAAUUCGCAGAGAUCCCCUCCAGCUCCUGGCAGACCAGUGCGGUGCUCUGUUCAGGAGGCUGUGCCCUGCUGGCCGUCAGCUCCCUGUUGGCCAUCAUCACCAUCUUCCUGCCCAGUGGAGGAUGUGAGAGGAGGAUCUGCACCCUGGCUGGAUACAUGCAGAUGGCUGCAGUGUUCAUCAUGGCUGCUGGACUGCUGGUCUACCCCUUUGGCCUAAACUCCUCACUGGUCAGGUCCUUCUGCGGGGACUCCGACAUCUACUACGCUGGCGAGUGCCAGAUUGGCUGGGGCUACAUGCUGGCUAUUGUCGGAGUUAUGCUCACCGUCUUCUUGCCCUUUUUUGCCAAAUAUGCACCGAAGGAGCAGCUGUCCCCUACCCCACUACCCACACUGUUAUAGGGCAUUGAUAUGAUGUCUUGUUUUCCCCCUCGUGACCACUCUCUCUAACCUGGGCUGGAUGUCAUGGAGAGACACCUGCAUCCCGUUUUUAAAGGUGAUGCUGUUUUGGACAGCGAUAGCAACCGUGAUUACUGAAGCUGACAACAAACACUGUCUUCCUGCAUCUGUUGUGUGACUAUUUCCAAUUCAAUUCAUAUAGAUGGAAUGUUUUCCAUCUAUAUGAUCCUCAUAAGUUUUACUGCAGUUUUGACUUAACUGUUUUCUUGUCAGUUCUGCAAACGAUGCAGUCAGAAGAUGCAAGGACCUCAUUUCACAGGAUUUAAGCAAACAUGACCACAAACAUAACAAGUACACACUACACAUUUAAGUGUUUUUUCCCCCUUCUUUUCUUUUGUGGGUAACAAGUCAACAUAUGUAACAUUCCAAAACAGACUAGAGGCUGGCUGCAUAAAGAGAGUGGAAGCAUGAUGUUAUGUGGCAGUGCGACCCGUCCAAUCCAAUGUUUCAAUAAGAGGUUUUGAAGAACAUUCGACUCAACGAGAGAGACGCUUUGAACUGUCGAAGACUGAAAAUAUGAAUGUGCUUAUUGUGCUAAAGCGUAUGGACUGUACAGUACAUAUGGUCUGGAUAUAACAGAGCUGAUGUUUAAGGUUCAAAAAUACCCCAUCGAAGAGAGAAAUCUGACGCUUUUGAAGGAUUUUUGCUCUUCAGAUGUUGUCUGCCAGUCUUUUGACCAGGCAGUGAACAGCAUUGGGAGUCAAGGAGAUGUUUUAGCUUUUUAAAGACAGUGGAUUUACUAACUGCCUCAAAGAAACGGACUACGGACACAGCAUCAGACCUGCCGAGAGGAAAAAUGAAGUGAAUCAUAAUAUUAAGUAGUGGUUUCAGAGUAAAAUUGUUAUGUUGGGAUACUGCAUCCUUUUGUUAACCUUCUCCCCUGAACUGUUUAUGUAAUGUAACUAGCUUGUCAAACAUGAGCAAUUGUUUUCUGUCUACAACACACAAUACUAAACACUCUAAUUCAGGAAAAAAUGAUUGCAAAAGGCAGGGAGAUGUAGGAAUUUUGUCAAAAUGCACGAUGAGAUGGGCUUUGUUAAUGGUAGAACAAAUGAUCUAGAUUUUAAAUGUGAUCUGACCAACUUGUGCCUUUUAACAUAACCAAGACAAUACAAUUCUUUUUCUGCUGAAUAACUGUGGAUCCUGUUGUGUGAUGUGUUUGUUUUCUCUUCUCUUAUACUUUUUCUCUCUGACAUGUUAAGUCUUUCUCCUGUACUUGAUGCAGUAUGAUCUCAUUAACAUGAGAAAAUAAAAAAAAUGUCUUCUAAACCUUAGAGGUAAUGGCAGAGAGAAGGGAAGGAAAAAAAGGAAACCAGUGUACUUCUGUUCAGUUACACCCUGAGACAUUUUUGCCAAUUAUUUAGAAGAAGGUAAAUCACUUGAAUUGCUAUAUUAAAAGGUUGUGACAUGCAGUUAACGGAUAACAGAUUAAUUCCUGGCAUCUUUGUCUUUUGUGAUUUAGAAAUUGAGUGGUAGAGAAGGGAGCUGUACAAAUUGAACUUCGCCUUUGGUUAUCUGCGCUGAGCUGACACAUUAUUCACUAUGUGUAAAACGUGGCUUAAAUUAAUAAGCUCCUCAAGUAAGCUAAUGCAUUUCUGUGUUUACGUCGAUCCACUUCUCCUUUUAAGAUGCUGGCACCAUUCGUCAAGGACAAAAUGUCUACGUCUCCACUCACUCUCCCUGUACACUGCCAAUUUUAUCAAGCUAAGACUCCCUUUUCUAGUAGGUGUUUAUGUGUGUGUUGGUGUUAAAUACUGGGUCAGAUUUUACUAGUGGGUUAAUCUUUAAAUAUUUCCCAAAUUUUGGUUCCCAUAAUGACAUGUCCGGACAUUAAGAAAAUUACUGUGAUUAUGUUGCUAUAUUUGAAAGAAGGUCAGGAGAGAAAUGUUGGUACUGUAUUGGACCUCAUACUGUGCUUGACUGUGGGAACGACUGGCGUGACUGCACUGGACUUAUUCCCCUAUUUGUUGAACCAUUGUAUGUAAAGUCUCAGCACUGGUGGAAGUGUUUUGGUAGAGUAGAAUUAUUGUUUUGUUCAUUGUGAUGUUUGACUGUAAAUAAACUAACUGUCCUUGA